GGGUUCCCCUCCCAUCCCAGGGCUGGGCCCCCUGCCCUGCUCCUUGCUGGGGAAGGUGAAAGAGCAGAGGAGGAAUAGGGAAUCCAGGAAGUGCCCCAUGGAGUCGAGGAGCUUCCUGUGGGAUUGGUCCCAGCUGAUGGUUAUUGUCCUUUGUCCCCAGCGGUGUGGGGCAAAGUCCCUGGAUACAGAGCAGCUCUCUUCUCCCACAAGUCCAGGAAGCCUCUUCUGCUCCCGAGCGUGGAAUCUCCGGGGACUUGGGAUCUAGGGAUCUGCUCCCAACACUCCUGCAAGGUCAGCAGGUCUUCCUGAGCAGCGCUGCACCCCCGCUGGAAUGAAGCAAAUAAUAUAAUAUAGUCGUGAGUCUGUAACUUUGAGCUAGUGUGAGGACACCUCCCAAGGCGCUCCGCCCUGACUGAGACACGGUAGAGUUGGAAACGCAGCCUGCUGGUCCAACAGCUGCAGUAGAGGAGGAGAUAGGUGGAAAACUGCAGGACCCCAAAAUCCACCUCUUGGGGUGCAGAGUGCUGAUCACACGCCAAUGGGCACCACCACCAGCCCCACGGACCAUGGUGAAGUUAGCCCAGCAUCUGAUCUCAGGGACGGGGCACCCAUGGAGCCACAGCAGCGCGUCCUGCCCUGCGCAGCUCCCCCCUGGAUGAGAUGGAUCGCUGCCAGCCCGGGGGAGAGACGCGCUCCCCAGCUACGGGUGCCUGGGCUGCGCGGAACCAUGGCCCUGUACCGCAUCCGGCAGUACGAGGACGGUGACUACGAGGCCGUGCGCACCAUGUUCGGACGUGGGAUUAAGGAGCACGCUCCUGCUGGCUACAUCCACGUGUUGAAGCAUCCCCAGACCCAGCUGCUCUUCCUGGGCCUGUUCCUGGCGGUGCUCGCGGCCUCCGGGUCCCUCCUGGUCUCCCUCCUGGCUCUCCUGCUCGCUCUCACCGGGGGCUGGUUUUUCAUCCGGUCUCUCUGGACCGAUUACGUCCAGCAGUCUCUUCGCAAUGACCUACUGGACAUCCGGAGAACCUACCUGGAGGCAGUAGACUCUUGUCUCUGGGUGGCAGAGGCUGAGGGGGCGGUGGUGGGCAUGGUGGGGGCCGUCCUACCCAAGGACUCCUCAGAAAGGGGGCAUGCCCUGGAACUGAAGCGUAUGUCUGUGGGGAGGAAGCACCGGGGCCGGGGCAUAGGCAGGGCGCUCUGCAGGACGGUCAUCCGCUUCGCCCAGGAACGCGGGUACAGUGCGGUCGUGCUGUCCACCUCCAUGGUUCAGUACUCGGCCCAGCAGCUGUACGAGAGCAUGGGCUUCCGGAGGGUCUCGCAGAGGUCCCCAUCGCGCCUCGCCAGCUUCCUGCAGUUCUCCGUCUUCUAUUACCGAUACGAGAUUCCAGGGUCUCGCUGAAGGCUCAGGGGGGGCGAUUCUUCGCCUGCCUGCUCAGCCGCUGGGAGCUUUGCCUGGCUUGUUAAUUAACGCCCAGCAAGUUGCUACUUUUUUACCUUUUCGGUUAAAAAAUAAACUGAGCUUGGAGGAAAA